AUGGCAGCCAGCGAUUCUGCGGGCGACGAUUCUUUGUAUCCCAUCGCCGUCCUAAUUGAUGAACUCAAAAACGAAGAUGUUCAGCUACGUUUGAACUCAAUUAAGAAAUUAUCAACUAUAGCACUUGCCCUUGGAGUUGAAAAGAACCGAACUGAAUUGAUACCAUUUCUAACUGAAACUAUUUACGAUGAAGAUGAAGUUCUCUUGGCUCUAGCCGAACAAUUAGGCCAAUUUAUAACGUUAGUAGGGGGCCCCGAAUAUGCUUAUUGUCUUUUGCCACCCCUAGAGAGCUUAGCUACUGUAGAAGAAACAGUUGUUCGUGACAAAGCAGUCGAAUCUCUUAGAGCUGUAGCUCAACAACAUAGCCCUGCCGAUUUAGAGACACAUUUCGUACCUCUAGUACAGAGAUUGGCAGCUGGAGACUGGUUCACUUCCAGAACUUCAGUGUGUGGACUAUUUUCAGCUUGCUAUCCCAGAGUAUCUUCUACUAUUAAGAAUGACUUACGAGCUCAUUUCAAACUGUUAUGUCAAGAUGAUACACCGAUGGUUAGAAGCUGUGCAGCGGCUACAAAACUAGGAGAAUUAGCUCAGGUGGUUGAAUUGGAAUACUUAAAGUGUUUGAUACCAAUGUUUGUAAAUUUGGCACAGGAUGAACAGGACUCUGUAAGACUUCUUGCAGUCGAAGAUUGUGUCAGCAUUAUUGCUACAUUGUUGCCUCAAGAAGAUGUAGAGCAACUUGUAAUGCCAACUUUAAGACAAUGCACAGGUGAUACAUCUUGGAGAGUACGCUACAUGGUGGCUGACAAAUUUACAGAACUCCAAAAGGCAGUGGGACCAGAAAUAACUAGAACAGACCUGGUUCCUGCCUUCCAGACUCUUCUCAAAGAUAGUGAGGCUGAAGUUAGAGCUGCAGCGGCUAACAAAGUGAAAGAUUUCUGCCAGAGUUUGGACAAAACCCACCAAGAGAACAUUAUCAUGACAAAUAUAUUACCUUGUGUGAAAGAAUUGGUUGCUGAUCCAAAUCAACACGUUAAAUCAGCUCUGGCAUCAGUUAUAAUGGGCCUGAGCCCCAUUUUAGGCCGCCACAAUACUAUUGAACAUUUACUGCCCCUCUUCCUGACACAACUCAAAGAUGAAUGUCCAGAAGUUAGACUGAAUAUCAUUUCAAAUUUGGAUUGUGUAAAUGAGGUUAUUGGUAUACAACAACUAUCUCAGUCCCUACUACCAGCAAUAGUCGAACUGGCUGAAGACUCUAAAUGGAGAGUAAGGUCCGCUAUCAUCGAGUACAUGCCCUUGUUGGCUGGCCAGCUUGCUGGUGAUUUAGGCAGGGAAUUCUUCGACGAGAAACUGAACGCGCUGUGCAUGACGUGGCUGAUGGACCACGUGUUCGCCAUCCGCGAGGCCGCCACCCUCAACUUAAGAAAGCUGGUGGAUCAGUUUGGGGCCGAAUGGGCCGAAACCACCAUCAUUCCUAAGGUGUUAGCCAUGGCAAGAGAUCAAAAUUAUUUAUACAGAAUGACCUGCUUGUUCUGUAUCAACGUUUUGGCCGAGGCCUGCGGCAGCGACAUAACAACCAGAUUACUUCUACCGACCGUUCUCAGUAUGGCAAACGACAAAGUGGCCAAUGUCAGAUUUAACGUGGCCAAAACCUUACAGAAAAUCGCACCACAGCUCGAUCAAGCAGUUAUACAACCCCAGGUUAAACCAAUUUUAGAUAAGUUAAAUAUGGAUGUGGAUGUGGACGUCAAAUAUUCAGCGUCUGAAGCCAUUUCAGGCAUAGCCGCUCUAGGUUGAGAGAUCUUGGGAUGAAUCGAGACACAUUUAAUGUAAGUAAGGAAGAACAAAAGAGCUGCAAACACCUUUAUACAUAAUAUUAAUAAUAAUUAUAAUAAUUAUCUCAUAGAGUUUGGUGAUUAUAUUGUUACACCCUUAUCAUUUAUAUAAAAAAACCGUCAGUAUGUACAAGGAUGACUACUUUAGAACUUAGUAUUAAAAGGUAUCAAUCGCGCAUUGUUUUUUGUUAAGUAUUUAUGUUUGCCAUAACGUUAAAAAAUAAUCUAGAUUCAUUCUUUCAGGCGUUGAUCGCAAAGUACCGUAUGAUCGAAAAAAAACGGCGUCAAGUUGGCUUGGAAAUGAGGAUCCAUGACAUUUACCGUAUAAUUCUACAUAUAAAAUAACAGCGAUCUUUAUUUCCAAGCCAACUCGUAUGUCGUUAUUUUCUUCGGUCGUACGGUAUAUUAUUUAUAAAAUAAUGAACGAAAAAAAACAUUUUCUCGAAUUUUUUUACUCUUUUUUGUUUCUUGAUUAAAUCAAUUUCUCUUUAAUGACUCUAUCAUCCCCAGGCAUUUAUUUUGGUAAUUUUACUUAUGUUUAAAUGUAAAUAUUUAAAAAAUGUAAUGUUUAAUAGUGCAAAAUAAAUUUUAAUAUCAGUAAAA